GCGUAUACAGCAGCCAUGGCUCUGCCGGCUCGCCGUCGUGGCGCAGUAGCGGUGGCGCUGGUGGCGUUGAUGGCGGCAGUUGGUCUGGCGGGCGCGGACUUCGCGUCGGACAGCAAGAUGUGCGCGGAGAAGCUGGCUGUACUGGCGACGUGCUUGCCCGUCGUGGACGCGACGGCGACGGCGCGUGCGCCGACGCCGGACUGCUGCUCCGGGCUCCGGGAAGUUCUGGGUGACAGCAAGAAGUGCCUGUGCGUGCUGAUCAAGGACCGCGACGACCCGGCCAUCGGGAUCAAGGUCAACGUCACCCGCGCCAUGGACCUCCCCUCCGCCUGCUCCGUCCCCGCCGUCCUCUCCGACUGCCCCAAGCUUCUUCACAUCUCGCCGGACUCCAAGGAGGCGGAGAUCUUCAAGCAGUACGCGAUUCACGAGGGCAAGAACGCCACCGCCGGGACCGCCGGCGGCAAGCACACCGAUGCGGUGUCCGGUGAAGGGAGGCACACGGCGGUUGUCUUCGCCGUCGUCGUGUCGGGGCUGCUCACCUCCAUCUUUGUUCUCGCCUGAUAAUAGGCUGGAUGCAAUGCAUAUCCAGAUUCCAGAGAGACCAACCUACUGGAAGGUGUACGUACGUAUGAUUGUGCUGGGCUGGGCUGCGUAAUUUACAUCCUGGGCCUUAAGUUUGCUGAAACAGAGGGUUCAUUGUUUGAUUUCUGUGUUGUGCUUAAAAAAAAAUCGAUUGCUGUGUGUAGUGAGUGGGUUGUCAAAAAGAAAACAUUCAUGUUGCAACUUUACUCUAAAAAAGAGUUGAUGUUACAACGAGCAAAUGUCCGGCCGAAAUUUCAUGUCAUAAAGUUGAUUAUGACCGAA